AUGGUUGUUGUUGGAUGGUGGUUGUUGGACGAUGGUUGUUGUUGGAUGGUUGUUGUUGUUGGAUGGUUGAUGUUGGACGGUGGUUGUUGUUGGACGGUGGUUGUUGUUGGACGAUGGUUGUUGUUGUACGGUGGUUGUUGUUGGAUGGUGGUUGUUGGACGGUGGUUGUUGUUUGACGGUGGUUGUUGGACGGUGGUGGUUGUUGAAUGUUGGUUGUUGGACGGUGGUUGUUGUUGGAUGGUGGUGGUUGUUGGAUGGUGGUUGUUGGACUGUGGUUGUUGUUGGAUGGUGGUUGUUGGACGGUGGUUGUUGUUGGACGGUGGUUGUUGGACAGUGGUUGGUGUUGGAUGGUGGUUGUUGUUGGAUGGUUGUUGUUGGAUGGUGGUUGUUGGACGAUGGUUGUUACGGUGGUUGUUGGACGGUGGUUGUUGGACGGUGGUUGUUGGACGGUGGUUGUUGUUGGAUGGUUGUUGUUGGACGAUGGUUGUUGUUGGACGGGGGUUGUUGUUGGACGGUGGUUGUUGGACGGUGGUUGUUGUUGGACGGUGGUUGUUGUUGGACGGUGGUUGGUGUUGGACGAUGUUUGUUGUUGGACGGUGGUUGUUGGACGGUGGUUGUUGUUGGACGGUGGUUGUUGUUGGACGGUGGUUGUUGUUUGACGUUGGUUGUUGUUGGAUGGUUGUUGUUGGAUGGUUGUUGUUGGAUGGUUGUUGUUGGAUGGUGGUUGUUGGACGGUGGUUGUUGGACAGUGGUUGGUGUUGGAUGGUGGUUGUUGUUGGAUGGUGGUUGUUGUUGGAUGGUUGUUGUUGGAUGGUCGUUGUUGUUGGAUGGUUGUUGUUGGACGAUGGUUGUUGUUGGAUGGUUUUUGUUGGACGGUGGUUGUUGUUGGACGGUGGUUGUUGGACGGUGGUUGUUGUUGGACGUGGUUGUUGUUGGACGGUGGUUGUUGUUGGACGAUGGUUGUUGUUGGACGGUGGUUGUUGUUGGACGGUGGUUGUUGUUGGACGGUGGUUGUUGUUGGAUGGUUGUUGUUGGACGAUGGUUGUUGUUGGACGAUGGUUGUUGUUGGACGGUGGUUGUUAUUGGACGGUGGUUGUUAUUGGACGGUGGUUGUUAUUGGACGGUGGUUGUUGUUGGAUGGUGGUUGUUGUUGGACGGUGGCUGGUGUUGGACGAUGGUUGUUGUUGGACGGUGGUUGUUGUUGGAUGGUUGUUGUUGGAUGGUGGUUGUUGGACGGUGGUUGUUGUUGGAUGGUGGUUGUUGUUGGAUGGUGGUUGUUGUUGGAUGGUGGUUGUUGUUGGACGGUGGUUGUUGGACGGUGGUUGUUGUUGGAUGGUGGUUGUUGUUGGACGGUGGUUGUUGGACGGUGGUUGUUGUUGGAUGGUUGUUGUUGGACAGUGGUUGGUUUUGGACGAUGGUUGUUGUUGGACGGUGGUUGUUGUUGGACGGUGGUUGUUGUUGGACGGUGGUUGUUGUUGGAUGGUGGUUGUUGGAUGGUGGUUGUUGUUGGAUGGUUGUUGUUGGACGGUGGUUGUUGUUGGAUGGUGGUUGUUGGACGGUGGUUGUUGUUGGACGGUGGUUGUUGUUGGACGAUGGUUGUUGUUGUACGGUGGUUGUUGUUGGAUGGUGGUUGUUGGACGGUGGUUGUUGUUGGACGGUGGUUGUUGGACGGUGGUGGUUGUUGAAUGUUGGUUGUUGGACGUGGUUGUUGUUGGAUGGUGGUGGUUGUUGGAUGGUGGUUGUUGGACUGUGGUUGUUGUUGGAUGGUGGUUGUUGGACGGUGGUUGUUGUUGGACGGUGGUUGUUGGACAGUGGUUGGUGUUGGAUGGUGGUUGUUGUUGGAUGGUUGUUGUUGGAUGGUGGUUGUUGGACGAUGGUUGUUGUUGGAUGGUUGUUGUUGGACGAUGGUUGUUGUUGGACGGUGGUUGUUGUUGGACGGUGGUUGUUGUUAGACGGUGGUUGUUGGACGGUGGUUGUUGGACGGUGGUUGUUGUUGGAUGGUUGUUGUUGGACGAUGGUUGUUGUUGGACGGGGGUUGUUGUUGGACGGUGGUUGUUGGACGGUGGUUGUUGUUGGACGGUGGUUGUUGUUGGACGGUGGUUGGUGUUGGACGAUGUUUGUUGUUGGACGGCUGUUGUUGGACGGUGGUUGUUGUUGGACGGUGGUUGUUGUUGGACGGUGGUUGUUGUUUGA